AUGGAGGCCUCAAAUUUGCAAAUAUAUUGGCAUGAAUCGCAACCGAUCUACAGUCUCUGCUUUCAGUCAAUAGAAAGGGAGAAGGAUCAACCAACAAGACUAGUCACUGCCGGCGGGGAUAAUAAAAUAAGAAUUUGGCAACUGAACUUCAGCAAGACCAACAACGGAAAAGUGGAUACCAUUGAUUUCCUGUCUUCAUUGAACCAGCACGAACAAGCCGUCAAUGUAGUGAGGUUUGACUCCAGAAACGAAGUUUUAGCUUCCGCUGGUGAUGAUGGGCAACUGCUUCUCUGGAAAAAGAACGAUACCAUGACCAAAGAUUUUGGUUUGAGCGAGGAGGACUACGCAGAUUUCAAGGAAUCCUGGUACGUUUGGAAGAGGCUGCGCUCUUCUGCUGCGGCUGGCUCGUCAGAAAUAUAUGACAUAUCUUGGAGUCCCGAUGACAAGUACAUUGUAAGUGGAUCAAUGGAUAACAGCAUAAGAGUCUUUGACGUUGAGGAAAGUACUUGUGUAGCUACUAGUGGUGACCACAAUCACUAUGUGCAAGGUGUUGUUUGGGACCCGCAGAACGAGCUCAUUAUUUCGCAGUCUGCAGAUCGUUCGGUACAUUUGCAUCGAAUAGAUAGGGAUUCCAGCGGAUCGAUAGUCGACUUAAAGCUGAUCAACAAAAUUACAAAAGGAGAGCUUCCCAGUAGGAGAGGGUUCAAUUCCACAGAACUAGACUAUUCUGUUAUUAAGUCUUCAUUUUUGUUCCACAAUGAGACUCUGCCAUCUUUUUUUCGCCGUCUUGCCAUGUCGCCCUGCGGAAACCUUUUGUGCGUGCCCACAGGUGUAUUCAAGAAUUGCGAUAGCUCAUCUGAAAGUGGUAACGGUAGUGAUGUACUCGCUAAUGCGGUGUAUGUCUUCACAAGAUCUUACCUGAUGCAAAAUAGUAACACACCAGCACUCGUUCUGCCAUUUCUGAAAAAACCGGCUCUAGUCAUCGCAUUCAACCCUCGGUAUUAUCAGCUUUCUGGUAGCGGAAAACCAUAUAUUCAAGUGCCUUAUAAGCUGAUCUUCGCUGUUGCCACCACUGAUGAGGUUUUCAUUUACGAUACAGAAUCUGUCGAGCCAGUUUGCACAAUUGGCAAUUUACAUUAUACGCCGAUAACCGACUUGUCAUGGUGUCGAGAUGGUUCAAUGCUAAUGAUAUCGUCUACGGAUGGUUUUUGUUCCUAUGUAUCCAUUGAUAAAGGAACCCUGGGGUCACUUUUCGCCGGAAAAGAAGUCGAUCCGCAGGACAAAGUCUCCCAAAAGGCGCCGGACUUCAAAACUCAAACUCCUUCGAUCAUAAAUACGCUACAGAUCAAGCGGAAGGUGCCGCCUCGUGACAAAGCGAUUGACAAAAUGCCACCCUCAGUUGGAAAUGUCGGCGACUUAACAGCUGCUUCUCAAGAAAUUGGCAGCGAGGAAGGACCCAAAAAGCGCAGGAUACAGCCCACGCUUUUAGAGGGCGCAAUGAAGUGA